AUGAAGUUCAUGAAGUACGCCAACUUCUUCUACAAAGCUGUAGGUAUAGAACCCUAUACCACCGAUUCCCGACCGCAGGCCAACAGCCUAAAGGCCAGCAUCGUCUUCUGGGCUAAUGUGCUCAAUCUGAGUGCGAUAGUAACAGGGGAGAUCCUCUAUUUGGGUGUUUCUCUGUCCGACGGGAAGCUGCUCGACGCUGUCGCUGUAAUGUCCUACAUCGGAUUCGUUAUCGUGGGUACGAGCAAGAUGUUCUUCAUCUGGUGGAAGAAGCCGGCCUUGAGCGACAUGGUGCGCGAUCUGGAGCACAUCUAUCCCCACGGAAAAGAAGCGGAGGAAGAGUACAAGCUGCAGAGCUAUCUGCGAUCCAGCUCCCGCAUAAGUGUGACCUAUGCCCUGCUCUAUUCCGUGCUGAUUUGGACCUUCAAUCUCUUCAGCAUCAUGCAGUUUUUGGUCUACGAAAAGUUGCUGCACCUACGCGUGGUGGGUCUGGCACUGCCGUAUACCGUGUAUUAUCCGUGGAACUGGGAAGCCCCCUGGUCGUAUUAUAUGCUACUCUUCUGCGAGAACUUUGCGGGCUAUACCUCGGCGGCGGGACAGAUAUCUACAGACUUGCUGCUCUGCGCUGUGGCCACUCAGGUGGUGAUGCACUUCGAUCACCUUUCUACGGUUCUAGAGGGCCACGAACUGAGUGGCAAAUGGGAAGAGGAUUCCCGAUUCUUGGUGAACACCGUGAAAUACCACCAGCGGAUUCUUCGCCUCUCGGAAGUGUUGAAUGAUAUCUUUGGCAUUCCAUUGCUGCUCAACUUCAUGGUGUCCACGUUUGUCAUCUGCUUCGUGGGCUUCCAGAUGACAGUGGGCGUGCCGCCAGAUAUCAUGAUAAAGCUCUUUCUGUUCCUGUUCUCGUCGCUCUGUCAGGUUUAUCUGAUUUGCCAUUACGGACAGUUGAUUGCCGAUUCGAGCUUGGGUCUUUCUAAUGCUGCCUACAAACAGAACUGGAACCACGCCGACGUUCGCUACCGAAGGGCUUUGGUCUUCGUAAUAGCCAGGGCCCAGAAACCCGCUCAUCUAAAGGCCACUGUCUUCAUGAACCACGAGGGCCACUAUGACAGAUUUACUUCAAAUAUCAUACAAGUUCUUUGCUUUGCUGCGCACCAUGUAUGUGAAAUAGAGACCAGAGAUGACCAGAACGCAGACGAGAAGAGAUUCUGUUGCACAUAUACAAAAAAAUGUAUAUACAUACAUAUUGAAUGUGCAUUAAUGCAAUUAACUUACCCAUUGUCACGCUUGAUUUUCUCUUAUUACAGGCUCAUUCAGUUCAAGGAAGGACAACGCUUCGCAAGUUCAGUUCAGGGAAGGACAGGAGUAGCUCAAAUAAUGACAUAUCUUUGCUCAGAGAUGGAUAAGUUCAUGAAGUACGCCAACUUCUUCUAUACGACCGUUGGUUUUGAAGCCUACGCCACCGCGUCCCGACCGCCGAAAGACAGUCUUAGGAACAGGAUCGUGUUUUGGGGGAACUUGGUGAACCUGGCGAUUGUGGGAAGCGGCGAGGCAAUCUAUUUCUACUUGGCCAUACGCGCCGGAAACCUUCUGGAAGCCGUCACCGUGAUGUCCUACAUUGGUUUCAUCAUCGUGGGCGUGAGCAAGAUAUUCUUCAUAAUGUGGAAGAAGCCAGCUUUGAGCGCUAUGGUGCAAGAGCUUGAGGAUCUGUUUCCGCGCGGAAAGGUGCAGGAAGCACAGUUCCACCUGGAGGACUAUCUGCGCUCCUGCUCGCGCAUCAGCUUCAACUAUGGUCUGCUAUAUUUCGUGCUCAUCUGGACCUUCAAUCUCUACCCCAUCAUGGAGCUGAUUGUGUUCGAAAAGUGGCUGAAGAUUCGAAUAGUGGGCAAGACGCUGCCCUAUCUGAUGUACGCUCCCUGGAAGUGGAAUGACAAUUGGUCAUACUAUCCGCUGCUGGUCGCCCAGAACUUGGGUGGCUACACCUCGGCAGCGGGACAGAUUUCCACCGAUCUCCUGCUCUGCUCUGUGGCCACCCAGGUGGUGAUGCACUUUGAUCAUUUGGCGAGGUCAAUGGAGAACCACAACCUAAGUGGUGAUUGGCCGGAGGAUUCUCGUUUUAUUUCCGAGGUAGUGCGCUAUCAUGAGCGGAUUCUGCGUCUAUCGGAUGUCGUGAAUGAUAUCUUGGGAGUCCCUCUGUUGCUGAACUUUAUGGUCUCUUCGUUUGUGAUCUGCUUUGUUGGUUUCCAGAUGACAGUGGGCGUCUCCCCGGAUAUGAUUACCAAACUGUUCUUGUACCUUGUCUCGUCGAUGAGUCAGGUGUAUCUGAUUUGCCAUUACGGACAGAUGGUUGCCGAUGCGAGCUUCGGCCUGUCUGUGGCGGUGUACAACCAGAACUGGAGCCACGCCGACGUUCGCUAUCAACGCGCCCUACUCCUCAUCAUAGCCCGAGCGCAGAAAACUACGCAUCUGAAGGCCACCAUCUUCUUGGACAUUACCAGAUCCACCAUGACCGAUCUCCUUCAGAUAUCGUACAAGUUCUUUGCUUUGCUCCGCACCAUGUAUGUCCAAUAGAGGACCCCAAAUCCCUAAAACCUUCUCCAUGCACCCACUCCUAUGCUUUCAAAAGCUCAGCGCGAACUUAAUUAUGCGUCGGCAUGAGCCUUACACACACAUGUCCAUCGCAUUGCUGCUUCAACACACAGGAAAAAAAGAAAAAGAAAAACGCUGCGUACUUUUUAGCGGUCGCUGGGUGACGUUGAAAAGGCAAUUCUACGAGUACUCCGCAAUGCUCCGCACUGGAAAGGAGAGGAAAUAUCGUAUGUGGGCUACAACAGAAAAUUGCAAAG